AUGUCGCCACCUACUCCCGAAUUCAUCCCCAUGCAAGGAUACACUAUUCAAUCGUUACAUCCCUUCGUUAAGAAGAGAAUUCCAUCCUUUUUUCUUGCACUACCAACCGAGCUUGUCACGUCAAUACUCGAUCUACUCAAUUAUCGCGCGCUCGCCGCGUGUUCGCAGGUCUGCAAAAGACUGCACGUUAUAUGUACGGAAACAAUCACCCUCCGAUACGCCGCCCUCCUCGCUGCAAGCGGAAUGCGCGACGGACCUCCAGGCAAACUCUGCACAGCCGAGCGCCUUCAGCUACUUCUGAUGUGGCACUACGGUUGGGCUGACCUCCAAUGGGUGAAUUACUUCAACAUUCGCUGCAAGGCGCGCGGUAUGCUGCACACGGGCAACGUCGUACUGUAUACCGGAACAAGAGGGAGCAAAACAGAAUGCCUGAGGCUGCCGUCGUUAUGUCGGAAGGUGGAGGAAAAGCGAUGGGAUCUGCCGUUCACACUCACGGAUAUACUUGCGGUGGACCCGUCGCAAGAUCUCAUCAUCGUAUGGUCUAGCGAAAGGACUGAAACGCUCCGCCUGAUCGAGGCGAGGACGCUUUCUACGGGAGAGAAGCAUCCCCGAGCAGGAUGUGGCGGACAAUACACCAUCAUGCCUCUUUCAGGCCCUGGCCAAGCAGGCAGGAUGAGCGCCAUGCAGAUUCACAGUAAUCGCAUUGCUACUACUAUACGACGGCCCGCGCAACGCACGGACGCUCCAUGCACCAUCUGGAUCUGUGAUUGGGUGGACGGCUCUACAUACCUCUACAUCGACAUACGGCAAAAGGAUCAUUUCUACGUCCCACGUCUCAGGUUUCUCUCCGCGGACACCUUCGCGUGCAUAUCCGCGGUCAGCCCGGUCGGUCAAGAUGUGCGCCUCUGCGUCUACCGCCUCAACGAAGACACAUCCGACUUUGAGCUCCACUAUUACGAUCUACCCACCAGGCUCUGCGGACAACACGUGUACAUGCGCGGGUACACCUUCUUUGCUCAGGGGACGCACAACGUUCCGCGUACCGAACCAUUCUAUCCGGACGAGGAUAGAGAUAUCAUCAUCAUCGCUUGCAAACUGCGAGAAGCGCAUUCACGAACGGUGUAUAUCUGCGUCUUUGCGCGUACGCUGCUAUCCAUAUUCAACACACCGUCUUCACGUCGUCCGAGGCGUUCGCCAUGGAACCUUUGGAGAACUACCCAUCGGCCCUUGGACCGCUUCAUGCCACCCGGCGACUGGAACUGGGGCCGCAAGGCCUGGGUUAUCGACACCCAAUACACAUUUGGCGAUACCUUCGGGCACGACCCCGCUCUGGUCGUCUACCAACCCUCGGUCUGCGGCUCGCGCGUAGCGCUUCCCCACUUCGCCGACGUGCCAGGCCGACUCGACGACCUUCUCGCCAAACCUUUCUAUCUGUUGGACAUGCACCCGAGGAGAGUGUACAAGAGGCAUCUUGAAUGCGAAGAGAUGGGCGUUGUGCCGAAGGGGCUUGUGAGGGUGGCCUUGAGGGACGAUGUGCCGGGGAAGGGCGAGAGGAAGAUUAUGGGGCAGGAGGUUGAGUUGGUCGGUGGGAGCCCAGGUUUUACGGGCAGAAAGGUGGUUUGCGAAACAGAUGGGUUGCUAGUGAUAGAGACGAAUGCGACCAUAGGCGACGCGAAUGACUGCACCUUGCACAUCUACACCAUUUAA